ACAUUAUCGAUGAUUGAAGUUCCACGAAAAGGUCCAUUCAAGAAAGGAUCAUAUAUUUUAGUUAAAUAUUUUAUUUUCCUCUUAUCAUUAGACAAUCUAAUUCGGUUUUCAAAUACAUCCACAAGAAUAAAUUUCUUAUAUUUCUUUGGCGUCCUCUUCAUAUUUGUGUUUGAUUCUUUUCUGAAACUCCACAAUUCUGGGGAGCAGAUUGACUCCAGUCACACAGGAGAGUGGAGUGGAAUCACAUCCAUUCAUUUUCCUCUACUUGAGAGCUUCAAUGUCGGUGACAAUUUUGUGUUUACUUACACACCGUUGUACGACGUAAUUGAGGUAAACCAACAAGGGUACAACACAUGUACAAUAGCAAAUGCCAUUUCGACAUACAACUCAGGAGAAACAGUGAUCCACGUCAUUGAAUCAGGAAAACGCUACUUCGUUUGUGGCAGAAUGGGCCAUUGCCAACAAGGCCUGAAACUCAAAGUCAAAGUUCAAGCUCAGUCCAACAACACCUCCACCUAUUUCUCCACCAUGCCCUCAUUCUCCUCCUAGUCCACCUGAUGAUAAUGGCUCAACCAAAUGUAGAAGUGAAGUUGCUAGUCCUCCUCCGAAGUUAGUUUGAGCAAUGAAAAGCUUAGUCCAUCAUGGCAAUGCGUAAGCUCAGGGGCCUUGUUUUUUAAUUCUCCUUUGAUUUUUUAUGAUUUCAAAAAGAAAAGACCACUCUCAUUCAAGACUUCGUUUGGAUUCUCCAUUUCCACUCUUGCAACACCAGAGUAUUUUGGUCACAAAAUUUCUUUCAUUAUAAGCUCAGCAAUAGCUUCUAGAGAUGGUCCGUUUGCGUACCCUAAGAAUUUCUUUGGAGUGUCAAUUGAUACCAAUCUGGAUCCAUUUGGUACACCAACUGAAUUGUACAUUCGACUCUAACAACAGUUCCUUCGCUUUAGCUUUUGCAAAAUUUAUCAAAAAUAUACGUAGCGGUGCGGAGUAUACAUGUUCGGUAGAAUUUGAAGCUAUAACAGAAAUCAUGAUGGUUUAUCUUGGCAUAGGAUUUAUCAAACCAGUUGAGCCCUUGUUAGUAACUAGAGGUGAAGCAGUUGAUUCAUACUUAAGUUCAAAUAAUGGUAUCCAUUUUG